AAUUUGUCUGCAACUUCAAUCGAUAAAGGAAAUUCAUUUCUGCGUUGAAUAAGACCAGGUUCAUGAAAAUCGCUGCAAAAUUGAUGAAGUAAUGGCUGUUCAAAGCGAUGCACCCCGAUGUCGUUCAUUACCAAUUAAGUUACCAGGAGCACAAAAUGGCCACAGGCAGCAUCUUAGUUACUGGUGGAGCAGGCUAUGUUGGGACCCACACUGUCGUGGAGCUCGUAGAGGCUGGUUAUGAUGUGGUUGUCAUGGACAACCUUGUAAACGCAAGCAUGGAGAGCAUGAGGCGGGUGAAUGAGAUUACAGGCAAGCAGGUGCCAACAUUUAGUAUCGACAUGUUGGACAAGGAGGCCCUCAGGGAUCUUUUCAGAAAGCACAAGAUCCUCUGUGUGAUGCACUUUGCUGGCCUGAAGGCAGUAGGGGAGUCCUGUAACAAACCUCUCCUCUAUUACAAGACAAAUAUAGGCGGAACAAUCAGCCUUCUUGAGGUGAUGAAGGAGUUUGGUGUGUACAACAUGAUCUUCUCCAGUUCUGCCACUGUGUACGGCUCACCCAGUUACCUGCCCAUAGAUGAGAAACACCCUGUAGGGGGCUGCACCAACCCCUACGGCAAGACCAAGUACUUCAUUGAGGAAAUCCUCAAAGAUAUUUGUACUGCAGAAAAGCAAUGGAAUGUUGUGCUGCUGCGUUACUUCAACCCAGUGGGGGCCCAUGUGUCUGGCAAGAUAGGGGAAGACCCUCAAGGAGUCCCCAACAACCUGAUGCCCUACGUAUCCCAGGUGGCAGUGGGCAGGCUGAAGGAGCUCACAGUGUAUGGAGAUGACUAUGAUACACCUGAUGGAACAGGUGUACGUGAUUACAUCCAUGUAGUGGACCUGGCUCAGGGACAUGUGGCUGCCUUGAAGUACCUUGAGAAGGGCUGUGGCUGCAAGGUGUUUAACUUGGGAACAGGAAAAGGUUAUUCUGUGAUUGAAAUGGCCAAAGCAUUUGAAGCUGCCUCUGGAAAACCUGUGCCUUACAAGAUAGCCGGUCGUCGUGCAGGUGAUAUAGCUUCCUGUUACGCUGACGCCUCUUUGGCUGAGAAGGAACUUGGAUGGAAGGCAAAACUUGAUCUUGCAAAGAUGUGUGAAGACUUAUGGCGCUGGCAGUCCAAUAACCCGACAGGUUUCAGAACAGAGAGCUAGGACCUGAGACAUAUUGUGUAUCACUUUUAGACCAAUUUUAUUUGUUAAUAGAAAGUCAUUUUAUGUUACCAAAGAAAAUUAAAAAAAAAAUGUUUUUUUAAAUUAUUAUUUUGAAUCCAAAGAUACAAAAUAACCAUGUAUAAGACAUUUUUUGUGAUAUAAAAUUACAUUUUUUAAGUAUUUUGUGUGUGAAUAUGUGGUUCAAAGUUGUUUAAACGUUUAUUGACAAUCCAUGAUUUUACUACAAAGGCAGCAAUUGAGAUGCUGAGUGUUAUUGAAGUGUGUACCUCCUUUAGGUGUUACAUUCCUUUUAAUUGUUGAAUGCAUAGAGAACAUACUUGUUGUAAAUGCCAUUUAUUGAUAAGGUGCCAUUUCUUUGAUUGUACUAGAAAACAAACGGCUCAUGUAUGAACAUUGCUUUCUGGCAGUUACCACUGAAGAACAGACUUCUAAUUACCUUUAAAAUUAUGCACAAUAUCUUAUUUGAAAUUUCUUAAAGAUGUGCACAAGCAAUUUUGUGUUGUUUCAACUUUGUUUUAUGUAAUUUCAUGUAAAAAAUCAUAUUCCUGUAAAUUAAGGUUUUGGAACUGUAAUUGAGAUGUUUACACAUUCAUCUAGCAUUUUGAUUAUAUUAGUCAAUAUUAUUGAAGAGAUUUUGGUGAAGGUUGAAGAGAAUUUUCCUUCUGUAUCUUAAUAUAUGCAUACCAGUAAUUUGCUACCCUACCUUAUGUUACUGAAAUCAGCAAAAAAAAUGUGAUAAGUAUUUGUCACACAAAAGUAUUAAUAUUUUAUAUGAAAAAGAUUUUAAAUCAAAAUAUCAUCACAUAUUGUCAAGAAUGGUAACGAUGUGUUAAUUAAUAAUUAACAAAAGCAUGAAUAUUACACUUAUAGCCUUGAUAAUGGAUAUUUUUGUUAAGUUGUUUACACUUGCAGGACCAUAAAUCAACUUUGUAUUCAUUUAUUUAUUUUUGUUACUAAACAUAAUUAAUAUACGUACUUAUGACUAUUGAGCACCCAAAUAUUUUGGCACAUGAAAAGAAGCACCAGUUUGAUGGGUGUAUUUUAAGUUUUUUAUGGUGGAGGGAUGUGUUUCAUGGCUAAAACUAGAGUUAAAGUAUAUAAAAAAAAUGAUAAUUUUGGUUUGCAUAUUUAAUCAUGAGGGAUCAAAUGUGUGCUUCUUUAAACAUUGUACAUGUAGAAUCUGGGUGUGUGCUUGGUUUUAUAGUAUUAAUCGGGUGUUGAGCUUAGAUUAAGGUAGUCUGUAGAGAUAUGCAAUUUGGUGUGCAAUGAAUUUUAAGUUGCGGAUGUAUUUGUUAUUUCUUUAUAAUCUCCGGACAUUUAUUUUUUGUUGCUUAAUUUUCAGACACCUGCAUCUUUUGAAAAUUUUCCGUAUUUAAAUUUUCAGACAUGAAAAAAAAAAUUUAGUGUCCAAAAACUUAGGAGUAAUUACGGUAUAUAUAAUUGAUGCACAUCAUAUGUAGUGCAUAAGUCUUCUCUUUUUUUCUUGAAUAACUGUUAACACAUCUGUCCUUGCUAUUUUGUUUCUUCAAAAUGUACAAAAUGCAUUGACCCCAUUGUUAGCCAGCAAUGUUUGUUUGGGCGACUGAUUUGGUGUUGAUGGGUUUUACUUGAUAAAAUCUGUGUGCUAAGUAUAACCAGAAACACACUAUUUUCCAAUAGAUUUUUAUUAUCAAUUUCUGAUAUUUGUCAAUAAUUGUUUCUUUUAUCUUCUUUUGUAAGUUUGUGUUUGUUUGAUGUAUGCUUUAACCCUUCCCCGCUCAAAAGCAAACUAAAAAUGACUGUAUGCAAAUGGCAGAAAAAACAACAAACCUGUCAAAUUGCAUAUCUGAGAAAGAAAGGUUAAAGCUUUGUUAGGCUAUACAUUUGAAUUUUUCUUUAGUAUUAUAAGUUUAAAUUAUUUGAUCUAUCUUUACCAUUGCUUCAUAGUACAAUUAAAUAGUUGGUGUAAAUAUAUAGUCAGGCCUUGAUGUUGUUUGUCUAAAGGUUUACACCUUCGAUUGGAUUAUGAUACCAUGUGCUUUUUUACCAUCACAAAUUGAAAAUACCUAUGCAUGAUUUGUCAAUUUUAGCAUUGAUUGACACCUGUCUAUAGAUCUGUUACAUUUUGUUAAGGAAUUUUGUCUUCCACUGAUCAGUAUUAUGUGUUGUAUUUAAGGCUUAAAAUGUAUUCUUUUAAGUCUGAGUCACAUCAAGAGAAUGAACAAGUUGGAAAUACCAUAGGUUAAUACCAAAGAUAUAUCAAUCAAAUAAGCCUAUCUGUAAGACAUUUUAGUACAGGUGUGUCUAAGAAGUAACAUUUUAGAGUUGAUGGCAAGUAAAACUUAGACAUAUAGUACAAACUUUGUACACCUGGUUUUAAUACAUUUAUUUAAUUCAUAAUAUACUGUUGGUAUUACAAGGUAUUAGCAAUAUUUGAACUUAAAAAUACUUCCAUAAAACUUCUGGUUUCUAUCUUACUUUUUAGAUCAUGUAAAACUCUGCCAAUGCUUGAGCAGGACUCUGCUUUUUUCUGUAAAAACUGUUACAAUUCAUACAAUUCAACAUUUUAAAGAUAAAAUCAAUUUGAUGGUAACAUUUUUCAAAGCAGGUUACUUGGGUAGAUCUUAAAUAUAAUCUCACAUUCAUAAAAAGAAUCGCAUCAAGCCAAGAGCAUAACAACAUGGUAUCCAAGAUGUAUGUCUUACUGUAUAUCAAAUAAUAACUGUAUUUCAACUUAAUCUAUUGUUUAUGUCCCAUUUUAUUGUUGUGAGUGAAAAUAAUUUAUGAAAAUCGUUUUCAUCAUAUUUUUAAUUAUUACAGAUCUGGACAUCCAUAUUUCUAAAAAUAAAUUUGAAAUAUAUCUAUUACGGUAAGUGGAAUUGAAUUUACAAUACAUGAUACAGUCAUGUAAUGUGGAGAAAACUAACAGAUAAUGAUUUUCCUUUUACAUAUUUGCAAUAAAAAACAGUAAAUAACUUUUGAAUACAUUUUUGAAUUUAUAGUCUGUUCAAGCAGUUGAUACAAAAUUUGCACUUGAUGAUUUUGAGUUUCCUUCUUUGAUUGUGCACUGAAAGCAUUUGUGUUAGCCAGAAUGUGAUAUAAAUUAGAGGGAAUUUUGUUUUGUUAUUUGCUUGGUACUGAAAAUAAAAAUUAUAUUUUUCACUGUUUUGGUUUAUUACCAAUGUAUUAAAAGAAGUUGAAAAUCCUU